GCGAGCCUAGCAACGCAGCGCUUUCCGGCAGUGAGGAGAACAACGCGGUCCAGGCAGGCAGUGAGAGAGCCGGAGCUGAUCUGAGACUGAACAUGAUCUGUCGUUUUGAUGGACAGGUUUUGUUCAGUGUCUCAUGUAUGAGACCGGGUGAAUACUGCUUUCUUUAUUAGGCUUUGCAACGUGAACGCGGAUGGCCGCGGUUCCGCCUGGGCCUGACACCGGGUCCCGGGCAGAGAUGAUUUCCUUCCACGGGAGUAGGUGCUCUGUCCCCGGGGAACCGGAGAACCUCGUGGGGAACCUGCAGGACUCGGUCGGGACAGAUAGUGGACAGAAACCAGAUGUGUGCGGGUGUAAACUGGAGCGAGAUUACCCGUUCUCGGAGCUGAACCACCAGAGUGAAACGUUAGAGAGACGGAUAAACGGCUUUAGUUGUAUCGGAGUGUCCGGAUUUAUCCAUAAUCAUACAGAGGAUGAGAGGCUGAAUGAACUUAAAGCACCUACAGAGCACUGUGACAGAUCCAGCUGCGACCAAAACACCAGCAACCCACAGCACAAACUAGGUUUACCUUACCAAGACAUGACCCAGAAGAGUGACAACAGCAUGGUUACAUUCUCUCAAAGUGAAGCCAGUCACACUCAUGCAAAUAUAGGACACGAUUUUGGUAAUAAAGUCACAAAAUGUUACCUAAGGACUGAUCAAGGACCUGAGGUAACAUCUCAGACUGUUCCUGAUGCUGAUGGACCAGUAUUGGAGAUGUGCAGGUUAGACCUGAACCAUUCACCUGCCACAGAAGCGAACCAAAGUCAGGAGGCUGUGUAUGUGCACUAUGAGUCUGAACUUCAAAUGCCAGGCAUAAUGAGACUGAUAACCAAGGAUCUGUCCGAACCUUAUUCCAUAUAUACGUACCGGUACUUUAUCCACAACUGGCCACAGCUUUGCUUUCUGGCAAUGGUACAGGAGGUCUGUGUGGGAGCAAUUGUGUGUAAACUAGACAUGCACAAGAAGAUGUUUCGGCGUGGAUACAUCGCCAUGCUAGCUGUGGACUCCGAACAUCGUCGAAAAAACAUUGGUACUAACCUUGUGAAGAAGGCCAUCUAUGCUAUGGUAGAGGGAGACUGUGAUGAAGUCGUGCUGGAGACGGAGAUCACUAACAAUUCUGCCCUGAAGCUCUAUGAAAACCUGGGUUUUGUGAGGGAUAAGCGGCUCUUCAGAUAUUAUCUCAAUGGUGUUGACGCUUUGCGGCUCAAACUGUGGCUACGCUAAGCUGUCCGAGGCUCUCUUCCUUCAGUACGCUUACAGUCAGAACACGAUUUUGACUGGGCACAAUCACUGAAGGCUAUUUUCGCUGGUUAAACAAAGUACUAUACUUGAUAUAUCUCUGUGAGAAUCAGGGAACACAAAGGAAAAAGAAAAAAAAACACACAAGUGUAGCGGUUGAAGUCCUCAAAGAGUUAUUUGGUGUAAAUCUAAGCAGAGCUGGAUCUCAGAGGAAUAGAUCCAGCAGAUAAAAAUCAGAUUAAGCUGAAACAAAGAAGUGACGUGAGACAUUUUGUGUUUGACUUGAGGCUUCAAACAAGAUGUGUUUUUUCUCCCCCCCCCAUCCUGUUUAUUGUUAUAUAGUGGUUUGAACAAAGUGCAGUUUUUUUAAUGUAGUGUGGUGUGUGUUUGAUUGCACUGAGGGGUAUGCUGUGAGCAGCGUGUGCUAGUAACGUGCUUAUUGUUGAAGCUGAUAUGUGAUUUCUACAUGUGUGGGAGAUUUCCACUCUACAGUGGUUCCAAAGGUGUCAUUUCUCCAGAUGCUUUAGUUGCAUCAGGCAUCAUUCGAUGGCUACAGGUUCAUUUAAUGAAAUAAAAGAGCAAAUACGUGGUGUGGAAAACACAGAAUAAACACUUAUCAUUUAUGAGAGCUCUUUAAUGUGGUACUGAGGCUCAUAUGCACAAAUAUACUGCUAGUGUUAAUAACUGCAAUGGAGAAGUUCAAAAUUCUGCUUGUGUGAGAAGAAAUUUCCAAGUUCAUGUCUUUCGAAAAAAGUCAACCAUUGAAAACAAUCAGCUUAGUCUGACCAGCUGCUAGCUCAUAAAACACCUUCUGAGUUGGUCAUGCUGAUAAAAUAAGGUAAGAUAGAAUAAGAAGAUUUGAGAAAUAGUUUGCUGCGGUUGUUACAUCAUAGACAGUUUAUUUUAUUUUAGAAUGUAACGCAGCAGUUAAACAAUUACAAAAUAUUUUAGUUUUCUUUUAUUAAUCAUUUUAGUCAAGUUAGGUGGAAAAUAGCAGAUGUGCCAUCUUUCACACGUUUUGUGUUGGAACGCAAAUGCAUUUUAUGAGUAGAGUAUGCUGCUACUGAAAGAAAAACACAUGUACAAAGCACUUACAUUAAUGUCUCCUAACAGAAAGCUUCACCACCUAAACGAUGACAGUCUUCGUUAUGUCAACACUUUUUUUUUUUUUUUAUUAUUAAGCAUAGACUAUAUGAAGCGCUCUUUAAUGAAAGUCCCUGUGAAUUAGUUAUUACUGCAGAAGAGACUAUAACAUAUUAGAAGACGUCUGAUAUUACUGUCAGAGCUGCUGAAAAGACAGAAAAGUCAUCAGAUUCAAGCAGUCCUAAAAAUUCCAUAAAUGGAACAUUUCGCUGUUUAAUGCAGAGUUUAACGGAAACGAGACAGAGUAGGUUUCACUGAUGCUUCUUUAUUAUUAAGUAACACAAACGGUCAAAAACUGGAAGAAUGUGGUGAAAGUAUUCUUGUAUGCUCAGACUUUAUCUAUAUUAUAACUGCCUUAACAUACGUUUGCAUCCACUGAAUUAUUCAUUACACAAUAAGUCUGUCGAAUGUCAUCCACAGUGAGAGAGUAUUUUUCUGUUGAUGUUGCCUUACACUCUGGAUUGUUGCCUUGUUUUAUGUGUAAUGUUUUGUAUUUUAUCGUUGAUAAAUCUUUAAAAUAUAUAUAAAUAAUAUAAUAGAUAUUAUUUCAUAACCAGAAAUAAUGAAGGAUGCAAACCAUACCCAACUACAUAUAUAAAUAAUAGAUCAGGUCUGACAACUGAAAAUUGGACAUAAUUGAAUAAUUCUGUGGAGGGUGUAGUUAAGGCGGAGGCGUUUGCUUCAGGAUGUGGUGUUUACUGCAGAUAAAUUAGAGUGACAGAUUGGAGUAAUUACUGUAUGUGGAGAGUGAGAGGAAGUAGACGAGAGGAGCAAGGCUAAGUAGAGGAGGAAGCAGCUGAUCUGUUUACUGUGUAUUUCACAUUUUACAGCUCUCCUUGAACUACAUUUAAAUAAAAGUCUGUUUUAACUUUU